AGUCCCUAUUAGGUAUAAACCAGGAAGUCAGGCUUUCUUUCUUCACUUGUGUAACUUGGUAGUAAAUGCAAGCUGAGGAGGGCUGUUUAUGCUCAGUUGAACUGAAUGUUGCAGUCGAGUCGACCUGUUGUUAGUCUAGCAAGGUGUGUGCCUGACGGUUUACCCAGUGCAGCAUGAACCUAGGAAUCCCUUCAGAGAGAGAGCAACAACAGAGAUGGAAAUUGAGAGAUGAGCCCUUGGAGAAUGAUGAUAACAGCAGAAUAAAUAUGACCUCAAAGCAAAGGCUGAUCCAAGUCACUUAUCUGAUUACAGCUGUGGACCUGGCCUGCAUGUUCAUGCAGAUUGGGAUUGUUCCAUAUCUGGCAACCAGCCUGGGUAUGGAUGCUGUUGAAUUUGGCUACUUGCAAACAGUCUUUGGUGUUCUUCAGCUUCUGGGAGGUCCCAUUUUUGGGAGGUUUGCUGACCAGUUUGGAGCCAAGACUGCCUUGGCCAUCUCAUACAUGGCUGGAUCUCUGUUCUUCUUGCUCCUGUCUGUGUCCACCAGUGUCCCUCUGCUCUUUUUGUCCAGGGUCCCCUCCAUCUUCAUGCAUGGACUACCAGGUGCUCAAAUGGUGAUAACAGAUUUGACCACUGCUGACGAACGUGUUGAUGCUUUAGGAAAGCUUGGACUUUGUUUUGGGGUAGGAAUGAUCGUUGGAGCUUCCCUGGGUGGCACCUUAACCUCAAAAUUUGGCGUUUACUUUCCUUGCUACGUGGCACUAACAGGAUGCCUUGCAUGUGCUUUGACAGUCCUCGUUCUUUUCCCUGCACAGACAAAGCCGCAGUUGAAAGGAGAUGCUGCACGCCAGAGUGUGUCCCAGUCCACUAGUGUAUUUAGUCUCAAAGAAACUGUUCGCCUAAUGAAACUUCCAGGAGUAAUGGAUGUUUUUUUAAUCAAAGUACUUUCCGGACUUCCUUCAGGUGUGUUCCUGAUCAUGUUUUCUAUCGUAUCUAUCGAUUUCUUUGGUCUGGAAGCAGCGGCGUCUGGGUACGUGAUGGCAUAUUGUGGAAUCCUUCAAAUGGUUGUCCAGGGCCUAGUCAUUGGGAGACUGAAAAGUCGUUAUUCAGAGUGGACUCUGCUCAUGUUGUGCGUCCUUGUCUUCUGCGGAGUGGGUGUUGCUAUGGCCCUGAUGACCAACAUUUUCCAUUAUUGCCUCAUUGUGCCCCCCAUGAUAUUCUCCUUUGGUACUAUAGCCGUCAUUUCGGACAUCAUCCUGACCAAGUCUGUCCCUGCUUCUGACACUGGUGCCAUGCUGGGAAUUAGUUCAUCAGUUCAACCACUGACAAGGACAAUAGGCCCAACUAUAGGAGGAUUUUUAUACAGACGAUUUGGGGUCUCAUCCUUUGGUUAUUUACAGCUGCUGGUUAAUAUACCUCUGUUUUUCUACGUCUUGAGGAAGAGGACCCCUCACAAUGAAGGGAAAGUACAGUAAUGAAUUCCUUAGAUGGUGUGCCGAUGACAAGAUGUGUUAUAACUCUAUUUUAGGACUUUUAAUUGCCCUAUCUGACAGGAAAUAAACUAAUUUAAACUAG